AUGAGUAAUUGUAAAAAUUCCUUCAUUGUACCAAACUUGAAACGGAUUCAACAAUCAUUGAAAGACAAGGGAUUUGAAAUAUUUCAGCCUUUUCCAAUUUCAAGAUAUCAUGAUUAUUAUCUAAAAAGUAGAGAUUAUUCUGAGACAAUACAUUUAAAUCCCUAUGAAAAGUUAUCAUCCGAUGAUUGUUUAGCAGUUUUGAUCGGAAAUACUAAAAGUUUGUGGCCACAUUUUACCUCACACACAAAAACAUUGGAGAAAAUUGCCAAGAAUCCUUUAGAUCAAUAUGUAGUAGAAAGUGUUAACUCUGUUCUGCAACAGGAAUUUCUGGAACAUCAUCCAACCACAAGUUAUUCCGUGUACUAUAGUCAUGAAUUUGAAGGAAAUUAUCCUCGUGUUGCAAUUCAAGUUGCAGGUCAAGUGAGUGGAGUUGCCUAUUACGAAAAUGAAGUGUCCUAUUUGAGCUUUCAUCCACAGUAUGGACCUUGGUUUGCAUUUCGAGCUGUGGUUUGUUUUAAUCAUGUCAAGAAUGAAUUGUUAGAAGAAUAUGCACCACUUUUUAAACAUCCGUUGAAUUCCAUGUUGCAACUAUUGAAAGAUGUCUAUCAUUUUGAUCAUAAUCAUAUGUCAGAACAAUUUUUAGAAGAUUUAAUUACGAGGUUGAAAAUACAGUUGAAAAUUCAGUUAAACAUUGCUAUGAAUUCUAAAGACGCACAACACGAAUGGAUUAAGCUUCGUGACAUUCCACAUGAAUUUUUAGAAAAAGAGACAAAUAUUGUUCUACGCAACACAGGACAACAAUGGAAACAGACCAGAUAUGACACAUCUCAGGUGAUAAUUCACUAUGAAAGAGUGUUAAUCAUCCUUGGCAAUCAUGCAUUUUAUGAAUUACUAGAAAACAACAAGUUGCUCAAUCCUUUCCUGACACGAACUCGAACGCACUUCCAUCGCACUCGUGCACUAAAAAACCAAAAGCACAUCAUCCUCAUGAAUUUUUACUCUAGAAACACACUCGGAUAUCCUCCAAACAGUGUUGAUCGUUUAUAUGGUUGUUUAUCUAGGAGUGGUAAAAUCAAAUUCCUCUACACGCAUCAAAUUCCAAAAACCAACAAUAGCUGCAAAUAUCAAGGAGGAGGACGAAGGAAAUAUCGGAAAGCCGAUAUUGGUUCCAAGGAUUUACAACAAAAUGGAGCUCAUCAUCUUUAUUAUUUUCCAAAAUAUAAUUCAGUCAAGAGUUUGGAACGACUUGAAUACUUUGAUGAAAUACGUGCCAACCGAAUGGAAAUGGAUCGGAAUAUGAAGAAUGAUGAUCGUCCUCGUCAUGCAAGAAAUCAUAAAAAGUGGCAUCGGAAUCAUCCUCAAGAUGGAUUUUAUCAAUUAAGAGAGAGCUUUGUGAGCUCGACGACUCUGGAUGAGUAA